CGCCCUUCCACUAUGAAACUGAAGGAGAUACGCAGGACGUCGACCUUUGCAUGGUUGCCGUCUCCGUCGCUACCGCUUCUGGCGACGGGAACCGUGGCUGGAGCGCUAGACGAGUCGUUUAGUAACAACGGCCAGCUCGAAAUAUGGGAGCCCGACUUUCUGGACAAGAACGAGUACGAGCUUGGAGGUGAAGGUCAGCCCGGUGCUAAAGCGCACGUGACGACGAGCUCAAGAUUCAAUCGCCUCGCUUGGGGCUAUACCGAUGGUGGGCGCGACCGCGGUGUCAUCGUGGCGGGCAUGGAGAACGGAGAGCUGGACAUCUGGGAUCCUUCUAAGAUUCUCGCGCAAGCGGAUGUUUCAGAAUCGCUCGUGCUCCGCAACAAGGCGCAUACAGGCCCAGUGCGCGGGCUUGACUUCAAUCCCAUCCAGACCAACCUCGUCGGGUCAGGUGCAGUCAAUGGAGAGAUCUACAUCUGGGACUUGAAAGACCCUAGUAAACCCUACUCUCCAGGGACGCGUAGUACAAAGCUCGAUGAGAUCACGUCACUAGCCUGGAACCACCAUGUUCAAUAUGCGCUCGCGGCCUCCAGCAGCACGGGAUACACCGUGGUUUGGGAUCUGCGGGGUAAGAGAGAGGUUGCCGCCCUAGCUUAUGGAGGUGGUGCGGGUACCCAAGCAGGUGUGCAAGGCUUCGGAGCAGGUCUUGCUGUCGGAGGCAGACGCGGAAUGAGCGAUGUUGCUUGGCACCCAGACAACGCGACGCGUCUCGUCACGUCCUCGGAAGAUGACACGUCACCCGUGAUCAUGGUCUGGGAUCUUCGUAAUGCGCGUGCUCCAGAGAAGAUCUUGACUGGACAUGAGAAAGGCGUCCUUUCGCUCUCAUGGUGCAAGCAAGACCCCGAUUUAUUACUUUCAUGUGGCAAGGACAAUCGCGCUUUGUGCUGGAAUCCUCAGACAUCAGAAAUAAUCGGCGAGCUCCCCUCUGCAGACAACUGGGCCUUCCAGGUCGACUGGUGUCCGCGCAACCCCGACUUUUUCGCCACCGCCUUCUUCGAUGGCACCAUCGGGAUUCACUCAACCCAGUCCACAAAUGAGCACACCGAGCCUUCUGCGCCGAUUGCGACAGACGCGACAGACAUCUUUGACUCUGCGGGGUUCUCGCGAGCAAAUCAAGCCACGCUUUCCCUCAAGCAGCCGCCGAAGUGGCUCCGUCGCCCAACUUCUGCUUCUUUCGGCUACAGUGGCAAGCUCGUCAGCGUUUCGAAUCUGCCUGGUGCCUCCGGCAGGCAUCAAAGCGGGGUCGUGCACAUCAGAAAAGUCUCCACUGAACCAGCCGUCGUUCAGCGCGUCGAGAAGCUCCGGUCUGCGAUCGAGAGCGACGGGCUCGACGCUCUUGCCGCUGAGAAGAGCGCGCAGGAGCCUCACGAGAUCUCUGCGGGAUGGAAGGCACUGUUUAGCCUCUUCAAGGCCAACUCUCGGGACGAACUGAUAACCCUCUUGGGCUUCUCAAAGGAAGAAAUCAAAGCCCGUGUGGCUGAGGCUGUCGAGAAGUUGAAGGCGUCUACGGCAAGUGAAGCGGCGCCUGCUGAGGAGGACGUGACGGAAACCGACUUUGGCCCUCGCGAACCUGUUGUCUCCUUUGCAGAACCCGAGCGUGAACCUACCCCGGAGGAGGCUGACGAAGCUGAAGAGAGCGACCCUAACGCACUGGCUGCGGAGACGACCCCGUCGGAAGUGAGCACCGGCGCAGCAUCAGAUGCCACCCACCAUGCCGACGGCGAGUCUACCACGACCGCCCCUAGCUUGUUUGGUGAUGAAAUUGCGGGCACGCCUCAAACGGAUGCUGCUGCAGACUUUUUCGGCAGCAUCGGCACCUCGCGGUCGGACGAGCCGCAUGUCGAUAUUCCUCAUCAUAACUACCCACUCGACUCGUCUGUCGCUGCCACUAUCGGCUCUCGCCCGUCGUCAGUAGCUUCUGAUACCUUGAAGAACAACACCUUCAGGAUCUACCCGACCGAUGAGUCUGAGACCGACCGUCUAGUAACCAAGGCGCUUGUUCUCGGCGACUUUGAGUCUGCUGUGUCGCUCUGCUUAUCAUGCGAGCGUUUUGCGGAUGCGAUUCUUCUUGCAGUCAGGGGCGGACCUGAACUCCUCCAACGAACGCAAAAGGCCUACUUUGAGCGUCGAACCGCCGAGCUUCCCUACCUGCGUCUAUUCCAGUCUAUCGUCACUGACGACCUCGAAGACAUCGUUCAGAAUGCCGACUUACAAGAGUGGCAGGAAAUCUUCGUAGUGUUAUGUACCUUCGCCAGCCAGGACGAAUUCGCGAACCUGGCCGAACAGCUGGGUCAGCGCCUCGAAUUCCAGGCGAGUCUUGCCAAAACGUCUACUGCGCCUGACGCUGUAGAACGCGCACUCGAGUUCCGCAAGAACGCUACCUUGACAUACUUGGCUGCUGGUAGGCUGGAGAGACUUGUCAACAUCUGGAUCGAAGAGUUGGCUGAAGAGGAAGCGUAUUCUCUUGAAGAGAAGGAAAGCCUCCAUGGAUCGCGAUAUACCGCACACGCAUUCGCGCUACAGACCUUCAUCGAGAAGGUCACCGUGUUCCGCAGGGCCAUCAAAUAUGAAGACACAGAUCUUUCUCAGCAUGCCAGCCCCGAAGAGGAAGAGGCGAAAACGUAUAAGCUCGCUGCUCUCUACGACCGCUACUUUGAAUACGCUGAUCUCUUGGCUGCGCAAGGUCUCGUCAAAGGGGCCCUGUCAUUCCUCAAGUUAACUCCUUCUGGUUACCACGGCUCUCCUGGUAGUCAUCUCGACUUCACUGAAGGACGUAGACGACUUCAGAUUGCCGCUGGUUCUAGUGCGGCUCCGAGUAGCUCUACCAUUCCCAACCCUUCAACCGUUCCUAUCAAGGCAGCGCCCAUCUCCUCUAGCACAUCCGUGUACGGAUUUGGUUCAUCCUAUGGUGCGCCGGCUCAGGUCCAGCAGACUUUCGUGUCCCAGUCGUUCGCUCCCAUGCAGGCACCCUCGACGUACGGCCCCUAUGGUGGAGCUCCUGCGUAUGCUUCUCCUGCUACUCAAUAUGGCGCGCGACCUGUCGCGCCGGGCCAGUCAGGUCACCAGCCACCAGCACCGUCCGGAUACCCGUCCGGACCAUAUGGCCAACCGGCCGUGCCCAAUCAGCAGCCUGCUAUGCCUCCCCCACCCCGCCGUAGCACUCCAUCAGCUCCUUUAGCCCCUCCGCCGAAGGGUCCUGUCGUCAAGCGCGACAACGGUGGAUGGAACGACGUGCCUGCUCACGUUACCGCGCGCCGUACGCCUGCGAACGCGAAUACAAACGCCAGUAAGCCUUCGGCAAUCAUGUCCCCCUUCCCUAAUGCGCCAUCGCCGGGCAUUAUGCCCCCCACCCCAACACAUGGACAGCCACCGACAGCAUUGCCGCCUCCGCCACGCCCAGGCAGCGUGCAGCAGAGACCGCCGCCGCCACCACAAGGCCAGCGUAUGCCUCCCCCUCCUCAACAAGCACCUGGACCAUACCCUCCACAUGGUGCUCCGUCGCAGGGACCCCCACAGGGCACGGCUCCCCCGGCGCCGCACAUGAUGUCGCCAUCGCAGGGCCUUGGGCUCAGUCGAGGCCCGUCAUCGCAGGGGCAAUUCACCAUGCCUCCGCCUCGCGGCCACGUGUCUCACCAGACGCCCCCUGCAGCUCCAACACAUCUUCCACCUGGGCCGCCGCCGAUGCGUGGCACGCCUUCACCCGCGUUCACACGCGGAACGCCGCCACCGCAGCAGCCAGGUGUGUAUGCGCCUCCGCCCCCUCAGCAAGGCGGGUAUGCUCCGCCGCCCCCGCAGGGAGGCUUUGCGCCACCGCCGCAACAGGGUUCGUUCGCGCCUCCGCCUCCUGGUGGCGCCGCGAGGCUCGGUAUGCCACCUGCUGGUGCUCCCUCGAUGGCGCCUCCUCCUGGGUCCGGACAACUCGCCCCUUCCGCGCCGCCGAAGGCGAAGCCGGGCCCACCGCAGCCGAGAUAUCCUCCCGGCGACAGGAGCCACAUCCCAGAUCACCUGAGGCCGAUCUUCAACAUCAUCUCCCAACAGCUCGAGAUCGUCAAGCAAACGACUCCACCCCAGCAAAAGCGUCUCGCUGAUGACCUCGAACGUCGCAUUAACCCGCUGUUCGACGCUCUCAAUUGCGAGACGCUGUCGAAACCGGUCUGCGAUCAGCUCUUAGAGCUAACACGCGCUAUGGAAGCUCGAGAUCGCGAGUCCGCACUUGCGAUCCACAUCGACCUCCUCAGGACUGGUUCUAUGACAGAUGAUAUUGGUUUGUGGAUGGCUGGUGUGAAGCAGCUUAUCAUGCGACUGUAA